GGGCGCCUGCCUGCCUCCCCUGUGGUAAACAGAGUGCCGCCGAGGCGGCGGGCUGCUCUCGUGGCUCCGCGUCGCUCGGCUCAGGAACGGCCAGGCCGAGGCGGGAAGCGGGCGGGCGAGCGCAAGCAGCGAGGCCGCCGGGAGUGGCUCGCGGCGUCGGUCCUGGAGUUCCGCGGGCGCUUCCCCGCCGGGCGCCCCGGCCUGAGGCGCUGAUGUGGCGGCGGCGCUGAGGGCGGCGAGAGAGGCGGCGGCGGCGGCGCCAUCAUGGCGGAACCGGCCGGGAGCCCCCAGGCGGCCGAGUCCUCCUCCCCCUCCUCGUCCUCGCUGGCCGCGCUGGACCCGGAGUUCCCCCCGCAGAGCCGGCGGCGCUCCUGCACUUGGCCGCUGCCCCGGCCCGAGCUGGUGGCCGUGGUCGAGCCGGAGCCCGGGGACGCGGCGGCCAGCCCCGAGGAGCCCGGCGGCGGCGGGGAGGCCUCCGGGGGUGCGGCGGGGUCGGCGGCGGGGUCGGUGCCGGGGGGCGCCGGGGGGCCGCGCAAGGGCGGCGGCGGCGCGGGGUCGGGCGGGGCGCGGCGCAACGCCUGGGGCAGCCAGUCCUACGCCGACCUGAUCAGCCAGGCCAUCCAGAGCGCGCCCGACAAGCGGCUGACCCUGGCGCAGAUCUACGAGUGGAUGGUCCGCUCCGUGCCCUACUUCCGCGACAAGGGCGACAGCAACAGCUCCGCCGGCUGGAAGAACUCCAUCCGGCACAACCUCUCCCUGCAUAACAAGUUCAUCAAAGUGCACAAUGAGGCCACUGGGAAGAGCUCCUGGUGGAUGCUCAAUCCAGAAGGCGGCAAAAGUGGGAAAGCCCCGCGGAGAAGAGCGGCCUCCAUGGACAACAGCAGCAAACUGGCCAAACUCCAUGGGAAAACGCACAGGAAGAAGCCGGCCGUGGCGGCCGCUCCUGAACCGACGGCGGGUGACAGCCCGGUCUCCCAGUUCCCCAAGUGGCCGGGCAGCCCUUCCUCCCGCAGCAACGAGGACUCAGAGGUGUGGACCAGCAUCCGGCCUCGGAGCAGUUCGAAUGCCAGCAGUGUGGGCCUCUCCUCGGUGCUGGCCGAGCAGGACGACCUGGCCGACGAGGAGCUGCUCCCCGGCCUGGUUUUCUCCAGCGCCUCCAGCAACGUGCCUCCCACCGUGACGGAGGAGCUGGAGCUCAUCGACGGCCUGAACCUGAUGUCGGCCAGCCCCUCCUCCUUGCUGGCCGCUCAGCAGCCGGGCUCCAGCGGGGCGGAGCCGAGGAGCCCCCCCUUCCCCUUGCGAGCCCCCAGCUCUGCUGCUCAGGCCUCGGGCUCGUUCGGCAGCUCCCUCUUCAGCCCCCUGGAUCACCUGCUGCCUGGCUCCGCCGGCCAUUUCUCCCAGUCGCUGGAGGAGCUGCUGACGGCCAACUCGCCGCCUGUCAGCGACGUGAUGAUGACCCAGGUAGACCCGAUUCUCCCGCAGAGCGGCAGCCGGGUGAGCAGCCAGAGCUACCUGCUCCUGGGGGACCAGCCCUCCAAGCCCAAGAGGGGCCUGGGGACCCUGCUCAGGAAGCCCCUGGAGCAGCCGCUGGGCUCCGUGGGGGCCGCCGCUUUGCCCUCUUCUGCCUUCACCCUGCCGGCAGCGGCCUCUUCGCAGGGCCUGCCCGCUCUGAAGAGCCCGGGCUCAGCUCCGUCGGCCCAGCUGGGCGCCCAGCCCGCCGCUCUGCCUACCCCUUUCCCGGCCUUUGACGGGAAUGCGGAUAAGCUGCCCAACGACCUGGAUGUGGAUAUGUACAUGGAGGACCUUCAGUGCGAUGUGGACUACAUCAUCAGCACCGACCUCAUGGACGGAGAAGGGCUGGAUUUCAACUUCGAGCCCCUUCCGCCCACCCCCAGCUACCCGAGCACGUCCCAGGCCUCCAAUCACAGUUGGGUCCCCAGCUAACUUCGUAUGGACAAAGUGCCCUUCUGCUUCAGGAGCUUUUCACCCCCAGAAGCGCCUGGAAGGCCAGGAGCUCUUGGUGCCCGCCUGGGCCUCGCCAGGGGGAUCCUGUCCAGUGCCACAUCUUUUCAUGAAUCCAGCCUACGCCCUUCUGCCAGCAGGAGCCUCGCAGUGCUUCGCCACGGCCAGACCAGACCCUCCCUGUGCCGGAGGAGAGGCCUUGGCAAACGGACGACGGGCCUGGACUCACCAGCCGAUUUCUGCCUCGCCCGUCACUG